AUGUUUACAAUUGAGGCAUUACGAAGGCCAACGGAGCCAAGAUUUUUUAAAUCUUUUACAAUUGGGUUAGGUAAACCAAACAUAGUUAUAAGUCAUUCAAGAGUACGUCCAAACUUUCCAGGAUUUACCAUAUGUCCGAAUGAACCUAACACAACUCGUUAUUUAAAUGACCCUGAAACGGAUAUAACAACCUUCUUGAAAAAACGAACACCUCAAGAAACGACUCCACCAAAUGAAACGACACCACCCCUUCCGGCAACAAAUGAUUAUAGUUUUGAGAUCACGUGUGAAUUUCGUAAUGUAUACGGACCGGGAAUCUUAACAGGUGCAUUAGAAGAUCCCAGGAAGGAAGAAACUAUACCUUGUGAUCUAUUCUUACGUAAAGGAUUAGGUUGUUAUCAGUUUCGUCCUCAACCGGAAGAAACCAGUGAUGAUGAUAAAAAUGAUCCGUCAUUCGUUUAUGAGAAUUAUGUGAUAUUUAAAAUUCGUAAUACGACGCAAGCAUCCCUAGUACCUUAUUUCGCUUUAUUUUUUGAUCGAUAUUUUCAUAAAGGAGAUGAUUUUAAAUUCAUCUCCCGUCUUCCCCCUGAUCAACCAAAAUUACAACAACAAAAAGCCAUAAUAUAUAAUUGGAACUCUAUUGAUAUUACUAAAACGAAUUUUUUUGAAUAUAGCAUUGCUAUAUUACAAGCUUACUCAACUCCUUAUUUGGGUCAACUUGGAUUACCACCGGAUGUCAAUCUUCUAAAGUUUGAAGUUGAAAAGGUUUUAUUACCAGACAUGAACGUAGAUGGGGAAAUUGUUUUUAUCGUUAAACCUAAACAACCUUAUCAAAUUCGGUAUGAAGCAGAAUUUUAUAAUUCUCAUCCUAUAAACAUUGUCGCAAACUUUGGAGGUUUUUAUGGUGCCGUUAUUGGAUUUUUUGGCUUUUUAUUUGGUAGCCCAAGACUUUCACCAUGGGGCGUUUUUCAAAGAUAUUGUUUCAGAUGUUGGCCGUGCAGAAGAAGUUUCAAGAGACAUUUAGCAGCACGGUACGUUUCAUCAGCCGGUAUACCAUUGGGAGAAUAUGUUGAAGAACGUCCUGAAGGUUCUACCUUAGAAAGGCGUGUACAAAUUUUAGAGACUUUGCUAAAAGAAUAUUAUAUCGAUUCUUAUUAUUUGGACACUUUAAGGGAGACUAAAAUAAGAUAUCAGUUGCAAAAAGAAAGAUAUCAUCGUUUGGAAGGAUUGGCAGAAUCAGAACUUUUGGUGACUGAUGAUGAUAAUGAACAGUUGAAUGAAAUUAAAAUUGAUCAAUGA